AUGGCCACCGAAACCAACGGCUCUCCCGAGCUGGCCAUCGACUGCAACAACCUCACCUUUGCCUUCAAGGAGGGACAGGAGCCCGUCCUCGACGGCAUCACCAUCCAGCUUCCGCCCGGAAGCCGCGCUCUCCUCUGCGGAGCGAACGGUGCCGGCAAAUCCACCCUCCUGCGUAUUCUCGCAGGCAAGCGCUUGACGAAGACUCGCAACUGCAAGAUCCUCUGUCAGGAUGGCGUCGUUUAUCUCGGCACGGAAUGGAGCUCGAAUCCCGUCGUUCGUUCCGACAUUGUCGUUUCGCACUUCCUCGACUCGGUCGGCGGCUGGCGCCACGCUGAGCGCCGUGACCGGUUGCUCGAAAUUCUCGACGUUGACCUUGACUGGCACAUGCACCAGAUCUCGGACGGCGAGCGCCGUCGAGUCCAACUGUGCAUGGGUCUGAUGGGCGAGUGGGACGUUCUGCUUCUGGACGAGGUCACGGUUGAUCUGGACGUGCUUGUCCGUGCGGACCUCAUCGACUUCCUCGUGCAGGAGAGUGAAACCCACGCUACUCACAUUUUCGACGGUCUCUCGGCAUUCCCGACCCACAUCUGUCAUAUCCAAAUGGGCCGCACGCCUCGCCCCAUGUUCAAGUGGACCCCCGGUCAGCAGGACCUGUUCCAGCUCGCGCUCGGCUGGCUUCGCGAGGACCGCGACGUGCGCCGGAAGCACGAGGCCGACCGCGGCAGGAUCCGUGGUCCCCGCACCAAAUCCGACACUAAGGACGCUAAGGCGUUCUUUGAGAAGUACGACUAUGGACAGGGCAAGUAG